CCUCUUCUCGCGGCGGUCACAAUCCACAACCAUCUCCUUAUCCCACGCCAUCCUCUCUCCCAUACUACUCCCACUACACCUGCCCCAAAUGGACAAGAUUAAGGAGCGAUUCGCUAUUCUCGGACAGAAGAUUGAGGCCGCCGAGGCCAGGGCAGAAGCUGCAGAGUCUGAGAACAAGAAGCUCAAUCAAACUCUCCUCGAACGUGAUCAAGAGCUUGCCUCUCUUCAACAUAAGCUUCAGCUUGCCGAAGAAGAGCUCGAAGCGUCCGAGUCCAAGGUCAAGGAGCUCAAGGCAGCUUCUGACGAGGGUGAGACCCACCGUACGACCGGGGAAAACUUGGCACGAAAGGUGCAGCUUUUGGAAGAGGAGUUGGAUAAGGCUGAGAAGGACUUGAAGGAGACCACAGAGAAGUUGCGACAGGUUGACGUCAAGGCUGAGCAUUUCGAGCGUCAGGUUCAGCGGCUUGAGCAAGAAAGGGAUGAGUGGGAAAGGAAGCAUGGAGAGGCUGUGGAAAAGUACCAGCAGUCCAAGCGCGAGCUCGACGAGGUUGUCAUGCAGAUGGAGAGUUUGUAAACCUCCCGUUCAUGACACUGAUUGCCCUAUAUCGUCUUUGUAUGAAGUCUUCCCAUAUGCAUAUUAUGGCCUGUGUAGCAAUGAGGAAUGACUACUUGUCUAUAUGUACAUC